GGUAAAAAUAGUGCAUAGGUGGCCACCGGUGGUCGGUGGUGUGGAUAGUUUUUUUAAAAAUCAAUGUCAAAAUCAUACGUCAAAACAAUAUAAAAAAAUUCCAACAUUAGUAAAAAAAAGUGUAAUUUGUAGUUUGUAAAAAAAGGUAAGUCUAACAAAAGUGAAAUCAUGGUUCGAGGUCCCGCAAUUGGUAUUGACCUAGGCACAACUUACUCUUGUGUGGGCGUCUGGCAACAAGGGAGAGUUGAAAUCAUUGCCAAUGAUCAAGGUAACAGAACUACCCCUAGUUAUGUAGCCUUCACCGAUUCAGAACGUCUUAUCGGUGAUGCGGCUAAAAACCAAGUGGCGAUGAAUCCAAACAAUACAGUUUUCGACGCCAAAAGACUAAUCGGAAGGAAAUUCGAUGAUCCGAAAAUUCAACAAGACAUGAAACUGUGGCCAUUUAAAGUAGUUAGUGAUGGGGGAAAACCGAAAAUCCAGGUGCAGUUUAAAGGUGAAACUAAGCGAUUUGCUCCGGAAGAAAUUAGCUCGAUGGUUUUAACAAAAAUGAAGGAUACCGCCGAGGCAUUUUUGGGUCGAUCUAUUACUGACGCUGUAGUAACGGUACCUGCUUACUUUAAUGACAGUCAGAGGCAAGCUACUAAGGAUGCUGGAACAAUAGCUGGUAUAAAUGUCUUAAGGAUCAUAAACGAACCCACUGCUGCUGCCCUCGCGUAUGGCCUGGACAAAAACUUAAAAGGGGAGAAAAACGUUUUGAUAUUUGAUCUUGGCGGGGGGACGUUUGAUGUGUCAAUUUUAACAAUUGAUGAAGGGUCACUUUUUGAAGUUAAAUCUACUGCGGGAGAUACCCAUUUGGGUGGUGAAGACUUUGACAGUCGUUUGGUAACUUAUUUUGCUCAAGAGUUUCAAAGGAAAUUUAAAAAAGAUUUGACACAAAACCCAAGAGCUUUAAGGCGGUUGCGUACUGCCGCGGAAAGGGCAAAACGAACUUUAAGUUCUAGUACAGAAGCCACAUUGGAAAUCGAUGCUUUAUUCGAUGGGGUGGACUUUUACACAAAAAUCUCCAGAGCCAGAUUUGAAGAACUAAAUGCAGAUUUAUUUAGAGGUACAUUAGCACCAGUAGAAAAAGCUUUAAAAGAUGCUGACAUGGAAAAAAGCAGCAUUCACGAUGUGGUGUUGGUCGGUGGCUCAACAAGAAUCCCAAAAAUACAAUCCUUGCUACAAAACUAUUUCCAUGGAAAAAGCCUAAAUUUGAGCAUUAAUCCAGAUGAGGCAGUUGCAUAUGGUGCUGCAGUUCAAGCGGCUAUUUUAAGCGGAGAUCAAAGCUCAAAAAUCCAAGUAAAAUCAAUAGAAUUUUAUUAUUUAUUAAUGAUAAUAAUGAAUGUGUUAUUGCAGGAUGUUUUAUUGGUGGACGUGACACCUCUCUCCUUAGGUAUCGAAACAGCAGGUGGAGUUAUGGCGAAAAUAGUUGAAAGAAAUGCAAGGAUUCCAUGCAAACAAUCACAAACGUUUACUACUUAUUCUGAUAAUCAGCCUGCAGUCACUAUACAGGUUUUUGAGGGUGAACGAGCCAUGACUAAAGAUAAUAAUUUAUUAGGUAAUUUCGAUCUAUGCGGAAUUCCUCCAGCUCCCAGAGGCGUUCCAAAAAUUGAAGUCAGUUUUGAUCUGGAUGCGAACGGAAUUUUAAAUGUAACGGCCAUAGAAUCUGGCACCGGCAAAUCCAGAAAUAUUACGAUAAAAAAUGAUAAAGGUAGAUUAUCGAAGAAGGAAAUAGAGAGGAUGUUGGCGGAAGCUGAGGAAUAUAAGGAAGAGGAUGAAAAGCAAAAAGAUAGGGUAGCUAGUAGAAACAGGCUGGAAUCAUAUAUUUUUAGCCUUCGACAAGCAGCAGAUGACUCAAAACACAAGCUAAGUGACUCGGAACGUCGAAAGAUAUAUCAGGAGUGUGACGAUGCUAUAAAAUGGCUCGAUUUGAAUCAAACAGCUGAAGUUGAAGAGUAUGAAUAUAGAUUAAAGGAGAUUCAAAAGAUUUGUAGUCCAAUUAUGACCAAGUUGCACCGGGGUAGUGCUAGUGGUGGGCAAGAUGGUCCUACUAUUGAAGAAGUCGAUUAAAUUGUAGUGAUCAAUGUGACUUAAUAGCUUAAAUAUAUUAAAGUUCUCAAUAAAGAUUUUUUGUAUAGAA